AUGGCUGGAGGCAAAGCUGGUAAGGACAGUGGGAAGGCCAAGGCUAAGGCAGUGUCUCGCUCACAGAGAGCUGGGCUACAGUUUCCCGUGGGCCGCAUCCACAGACACUUGAAGACUCGCACCACGAGCCACGGAAGGGUCGGCGCCACCGCAGCCGUGUACAGUGCCGCCAUCCUGGAGUACCUCACUGCUGAGGUGCUGGAGCUGGCCGGCAACGCCUCCAAGGACCUCAAAGUGAAGCGCAUCACUCCCCGCCACCUACAGCUCGCGAUCCGCGGGGAUGAAGAGCUGGAUUCUCUCAUCAAGGCCACCAUAGCUGGGGGUGGUGUGAUCCCUCACAUCCAUAAGUCUCUGAUUGGAAAGAAGGGUCAGCAGAAAACUGCUUAG